UCCUACGUGAUCGUUAAGAUGGCUUCAUCAAGGAAAGUGAUGUCAAACAAGGGGAUGCGUGUUUGUAUGGAAGUAAUGGUGGAAUUACUGUCAAAGAAGAACGAAGAAGUAGUAUGGCCAUUCUAUACACGCUUCGACGCAGAAAUUAUGAAUCCAGAAUCCAAGCGGCCCAUGAACUUGAAGACAGUCUGGAGUAAAUUAAACGCCGGGGAAUAUUCGGAGGUAGAUGAAUUCGUGGAGGACAUACGAUUCAUUAUUUCUUCGGCGUUUAAACUCGCUACAAUUACUCCCAAAAAAUCCAUUUGGAGAACAUGGACCAAGGAAUUCCAGCGAUUAUUUGACAGUUUACAUGCCAAGAAGAUCCACGAUGAAGAUUUAUCGGAUCCUGAACAUCCUGAACAUCACAAGAAGAGCAACAAGAUAAAAAGAAAGAGAAUUGUAUUAGUUUAUCAGAAAUUUCUGACUGCCAGUCCUAAGCCUGGAAAAAGUGUGAAGGCCUUCACUGGUCAGGUGUCCAGAGCCCAUAAAGUUAAAGAUCCAAAAGAAAUAAAACCCCUGAAUAUCACCGCAAAAAAUGCUAUAAUUGAAUUUGCUCUUAAAGUAGCUCAAGAUAAGAACUGGAAAAAUAAAAAGGGCGUUGCAACAACUAGAGAAGAAUUGCAACAUGUGAUGACACAACGUCUAGGAGAACUGAAGAGGAGCGCUGAGCUCAAUAAAAAGAAAAAUGACUCAACAGAACCCUCUCUAUGA